AUGGGGAGUUCCAGAUCUCUGCUGUUCUUGAUCAUGGCAAUCCUGCAGGUUCGGAAGUUCGAGGGUUCGUUGGUGAGCUCCUGGAGCUUCAAUGGUGACCUGAGUGACUCUUCAGUCUAUUCCAACACUCUGCAAGGAAACAAUGUAGAGUUCUUGACUACCACAGCAUUCCAAUCGAUUCUUUGGGGACAAUACGCACAUGUCGCUGGAGACAACUCAUACGCCAGACGUGUUGACUUUGACUUCAUGGUUUCUAAUGGGGAGUUCACUGUGGAGUUCUGGGUCAAGAUCGAUUCGCAGCAGUACAACAUCUUCACAUUUGCGAAUCUGACAACUACCUUCCUGCAAUUUUGGAAUGUUGGAUCACAAGCUGGCUGCCAAUUUGAAAUCGGGGGAGAGUUCCCAGUCAUUCCCGACGCUUUAUGCACUGCACUGCAGAGCAAUUCUUGGCACCAUGUCGCGAUAGUUGGAAAUUUUACAGAGAUCUUAUGGUAUCUUGAUGGCAACUUUGAAGGAUCAAGCUCUUUGCAGUCCAAUCAUUCCAUCCCAGGUGUAGGAAACCUCACCAUCGGUUUCAAUUCAGACCUGGCAAACUUUUCAGCAGGGACAUCUCAAAGCAUGUCUGAUUUUCGAAUGUGGAACACAGCUAGGAUACGAGGGGUUGGUACAAGCAAGCGGAUUUGA